AAAGGGUUUUUUUUUAAAAAUCGUUUUUAGGUGUCUCGGCCGGUGCCGGCAUGUCCGCUCUGUGCGAUUCGGCGGGGGUGGUGGGGCCUCCGGGGUCGGCCCCGAGCCCCAAACCGGCCGCCGCGCCUCCGUCGCUCAGUUCCCAAGAAUUGGCCCAGGAGAUCAAAGCUUUCCUCAGUGGCGUCGACCCCGUUCAUGGGAACAAACUCACCAUCAAGGAACAUGCGCGUUGUGCCAUUUUACUGCUGCGCAACUUACCUCCUGCUCGCAGUGCUGUGUUGGAGCACCUCCGGAGUGUCUUUGAUGAAUACGUCUGCACCUACCUGUUGGAACUGGAGGCCGGUGAAGGUGGGAUGGGGGGCCUCCGCUCCCAGGGUCCCAACUUGGAUGACGUGGUGUCGGAGAUCCAAACCGUGUUGUCAGAUUUUGUCCGCAUGAAUCCCAAAGCUUGGGCUGCCCUCGUUUCCUCCUGGUCUAUCGACCUGAUGGGGCAGCUGAGUAGCAAGUACGCCGGGCGGCACGACGUACCCCAUGCUAGCAGCCUGAACGAGCUGCUGCAGUUAUGGAUGUCCUGCAAAGCCACGCGGGUCUUGAUGGAGAUUUACACCCAGUGCCUCUCCUCCAUGAUCAAUAGCUGCCCAGAUGCUUGCGUCGAUGCCCUCUUGGACACCUCUGUCCAGCACUCGCCUCACUUCGAUUGGGUGGUGGCCCAUAUCGGCUCCUCCUUCCCCAAUACUAUCAUCAACCGAGUCCUCUCCUGCGGGCUGAAGGAUUUUUGCGUGCACGGGACAGCUUCGUCGGAUCUCCUGCUUUUCCCCAGCUCCACAGCAGCCGAUAAGCGGGUUCCCAAGAUCGCCUCGGUGGUUGGGAUCCUUGGCCACUUGGCCUCUCGCCACUCGGAAAGCAUCAAGCAGGAAUUGCUGAGAAUGUUCCACAGGAGCCUGGGGCCCACCCGGGACCAGCAGCAGAAGGCCACAGUCCCUUUCCUGCUACAGCUGGCGGUCAUGUCCCCCACGCUGCUGAGCACCAUCUCCGCCGAGCUGGUGGACUCGCUCAAGCCCAGCGUCCUCAACCAGCUGCACCAGCACUUUGUGGCGCUGCCCCGUGAGGAGCUAGAGAACAUGGUCAGCAUCGUGGUGCACCUCAUCUGCCAGACGUCUGGAGGCGCCUACCGUACUUUGCAGUUCCUUGUCAACACCGCCAUGCCCGCCUCAGUCAUCACCACCCCCGGCCUGGCGGUCCAUGACAGCGUGCGGGAGGCCUGUGACCGGGUGAUCCAGCUGCUGCUCCUCAACUUGCAGAAGCUGGUCUACAACCGAGGUUUGGCCAGCUUGGGGGAGGCCCCUCCCCGCGCGGUGCCGUUCUUGGACGACCUGAAGAACCACAUGCAGGAGCUUUGCACGGAGACGCUGAAGCUGGAGAGGAAGAGGUUUCUCUGGCUGCAUCAGCUGCUGGUCCUGCUCUCGGUCUACUCCACCCCCAGCUGUGCCAGCGAGGCGCUCUUCUACCUUCUGACCCUGGCCAAGAGCCAGGAGGAGCUCAGCCUCGCUACCCAACUCUACGCUGUCCUCAGCUCUUGCAUGACCGACCUGCUGCCCGCCCUGGUGAAGAAGUCUGUGCGCCAGCUCCAUGCUGGGUUUCUCUCCGACCAGCACAUGGCUCAGCUCUUCCAGAACUUGGCCUUGAUCAUGCAGUGGGAAGGGGAGAACUCGGCCUCCAUGGGCCACCAGCUAGGCCAGGCCGUCUCCUUCCACAUCUACGACUUUGGGCAGCUGCUGCUGCACAGCAAUCCGGAGGUGGCCCAAGCAGCCGCUCUGCUCCUCUCCGUCUGCCCCAUGCCCAAGGCAAUUCGGCCGGCCCAUUUACUCUUCCUCGUCCGUUCGUCCGUGCAUCACUUCUUCUCGGUUUUGAGGGACAAGUCUCCGGCCGGCAUCAGCUACGGAAGCCGGCUCCUUUGCGGGCUGAGCGGUGUGUCAGCCACAGCCAGCAAGGCCAUCCUGCAGUACCUGGUGGAAGGCGCCUUGCACCAGGGCAAUGCUGAGCUCUUUGGGGGCACGGCGGAGCCCCCUGCCGCCAGGAACAACAUCACGCUGGAGGCCACCAAGCUGUCCCUCCUGGACAUCAACCGGCGCUUCAUGGCAGCCGUGAACUUCUCCGGCAGCGUCUGGUCGGUCUUCCACGCGGGAGUGAUCGGCAGGGGCCUGAAACCGCCCCAGGCGUCGCAUCAGCAAGAGCCCGAGGAGAUCUCCCACAACAUCCAGGUUUUUUUGGGCCUCUUGCUGAGGUGCUGCGGGUCAGGACGCUCGGUACCACCCGAGCUGCCCCAGGGCAAUGCCAUCAACCCCGAGGCGGCCAAGACGGUGGCGGUGGUGUUGGUGGAGACGGUGUGCCCGGACGUGACCAACAGCGAGCUGGCUUGGCCCCCCGAGGAACACACGCACAACACCGUGGAGCGCGACAUCCGGAUCGGACGCUCCUUCCGCGACAACCCUUUGCUUUUCGAGCUCUUGAAGUUGGUGGCGGUCGGGAGGCCCGCCUUGUGUUACUGCUCGGUGCUGCUCCGGGGUUUGAUGGCCACGCUGAUGGCUCACUGGGAGGCCUGCCGGGAGAACGACACCACCAACUUCCCCUGGGCCCUGCAGGCCUCCUGCACGCUGGUGGCCUGCAUGGGAGAUGGCCACCUUCUUCCCCCUGUCCUGAGCAACAUGCACGAGAUCUUUGACCAGCUGGCUCCCUUUGAGGUCCACCUGCUCCUCCUCAGCGUCUGGGACUACAUGAGGGACAACAGCCCCCUGCCCCAAAAAUUCAGCUUCAAUGCCAGCACGGGGCUCUUCUUCCGGGACUUUUCGCGAGACACCGACGCGGGCAAAUACCUCUACGUCUUACACAGCGUCGUGCACAAGAACAUCGACCGGCUGGGUCUGCUUUCAGGGCGGUUCCAUCCUUAGGGGGCUCGGAAGGUGGUUUGGGGAGGACCACUUGGAUUUGGGAGUGGGGGGUGGGUGGGCGGGGGAAAUGGGGGCUCUUUCGUGGAUUGGAAUUUGGAGAGAAGGGCCACGAGAGGCUCUGGCGCAGUUUGCUUUGACGUGCAAACAGGAACCGACUUUGGAUGGAGAAGAGAUGAUUUAUUUUGGGGUUCUCUCCCUCUUCUUGGGGUUUUAACUGGUUCAACUUUGCAGUUAAGGAAGGACUAACUAAGGGAAGGUCGGAAAUAACAUGAAUAGAUAGAAUAUUUGCGUUUUGUUUUCUUGCACUUCCUCUUUCUCUUCUUCUUCUUCUUCUUCUUCUUCUUCUUCUUCUUCUUUUCUUCUUCUUCCUCCUCCCCCUCCUCUCUUCUUCUUUUUCUUCUUCUCCUCCCCCUCCCCCUCUUCUUUUCUUUCUUGUCCUCCCUUCUACUUCCUCAUCUUUUCCCCUUCCUUCCUUCUCCUCUCCUUAUUUCUCUUCCUCUAUUCCGUUUUCUCCUCCUCCUCCUCCUGUCCUUCCUUCUCCUCUUCCUCUUUUCAUUCCUUACCUUUUCCCUAUGCUCCUCCUUUCUUUCUUCCUCUUCUGUUCCUCGUCUCUUCCUCUUCCACUCACCCCCUCCACCUCCACCGCCUGGCCUUCUUUUCCUCUCCUCCUCCUCCUCCUCCUCCUCUUUGCCUGCAUUCUCUACUUUUUAAUGCACGCAAGAGUUUCCUUAUUGAACACUCGCUCCCACACAGACAAAAAAAAUUUAACAAAGAAGUUCUU